AAGGACAGUGUUCAGAAGAACAAAAGGAAGCCAGUUCUAUCGCCCACACAUCAAGAGGGCAGCCCCUCUGUCAGCGACACCACUGCCUCCUCCUUCCGUGGUCCUUUCGAUCCACGCGCCAAUGAGUUGGAAGAGGAGGACGCGGGUGCUGCGGACCAUACGCUGAAACGACGGCGAAGAGGCCAGCGGCAGGAUGAGGAAGCACUGGAUGCAAUGGGUCGCAGCGGCACGCCGUCAACAGACCAGUCCGAUUUAGGAAGCCAUCGUCACCGGAAGUCGAGAAAACUGAUGAAUUGUACAAUCCUUCAGCAUGGCGCUACCCUUCACAUCAAGGACCUUGACGAGACGCACAAAGUUAAGCUCGAACACCUUAAAGAGACGUAUAACGAAACGAAACGUGGGUUUCUGAGUUGCCCAUUAAUGCAGACCGAGCACCCAUAA